ACACAUGAUCGCAAUGGCUGCCGUUCUUAGGUUAGUGUUCCUGUUUCUUCUAUGUUGCGUUGGGUUGACGCGGUCUUUGCCGCGAUUCCUCCAUGGUAGGCCCCGUGGUGGAAUGGUUGGAGCUCCCCGGAGACAGACGGACGGUCCGCUCCCUCCUGACCAGUGGCUGGAACAGAAGUUAGACCAUUUCAAUGAUGCGGAUCUCAGAACAUGGAAACAGCGCUACUUUGUGAAUGAUACCUUCUACAAACCAGGCGGUCCCGUGUUUCUGAUGAUCGGUGGAGAAGGGACGGCCAACCCUAUCUGGAUGGUUGAGGGAACAUGGAUUGUUAUGGCCCAACGAUUAGGGGCUCUGUGUUUAAUGCUUGAGCAUCGCUUCUAUGGAGAGAGCCAUCCAACUCCGGAUUUAUCUGUUGAAAAUCUGAGCUUCUUGAACAGCGAGCAGGCCCUGGCAGAUCUAGCCCAUUUUAGACAAUUCAUGGCAAUGAAGAUGAACCUCACAACUAACAAGUGUAUUUCGUUUGGCGGCUCAUAUCCAGGCUCUCUGUCUGCGUGGUAUCGUCUGAAAUAUCCUCAUCUUGUUGAUGGAGCUGUUGCUACCAGCGCACCAGUACUGGCUCAGCUAGACUUCACAGGUUACGUAUCAGUGGUCCGUGAUUCACUGGCAACGACCCAACAUGGCAGCGAGUGUAACAAGAACAUACAGCUUGCUACAGCUCAAGUAGAGCAGUUUCUAAUGCACAUGGUUGGAUGGUCUGUCAUCUCCAAGUCAUUUAAACUUUGUAACCCGUUAAAUGGAUCCAAUCCGAACGAUGUUUCCAAUUUCUUUGAGUCCAUUGCUGGGAAUUUCUUCGGUGUGGUGCAGUACAACAAAGAUAAUCGUAAAUUUGAGGGAGCUAUUGGCACAGAUAUUACUAUUGACACUUUGUGUGACAUCAUGGUAAAUGCGUCCAUCGGUAAAGAAAUUGACCGCUAUGCUGCGGUUAAUUCACUUCUCUUGAAGACGUACGGAGAGAAAUGCCUGGAUGUCUCAUACGACACUAUGAUCAAAGAUAUGAGGGAGAUAUCUUGGAAAAGCUCAGCUUCGGAAGGAGGUCGACAGUGGGUGUAUCAAACAUGUACAGAGUUUGGAUUCUUCCAGACGUCAGAUGGCAAAGAUCAACCUUUUGGGCAACACUUCCCCCUAAGUUAUUCUCUGCAGAUGUGCUCAGACAUCUACGGCAAGCAGUUCAAUAAGUCAACACUAUCCCAGGGUAUCGCUCGUACAAACACCAACUACGGCGGUAUGGGCAUCCGAGCAACCAAGGUGAUCUUUCCUAACGGCUCUAUAGACCCCUGGCAUUAUCUCGGCAUUACGAAAGACAUCUCGGAUGAGGAGCAAGCAGUCUACAUACAUGGUACUGCUCAUUGUGCGAACAUGUAUCCAAAGCUUCCAUCAGACCCGCCCGAGCUCGUACAGGCCAGGGAUACCAUCUUCAAGACGGUAGAGGAGUGGAUCCAAUAAGACACUGAUGAACUAUAAGAAGUUUUGUAUCCCUUGCACUGGUAUCACUUUACGCUACUGUCUACUCACAGUCGGCCAUUUUGGGAGUCAAAUUACAUGUAGAGGACUAGAGGUAUGGUGUCAUUAUGUGAAACUUCCCCAACAUGGAAAAUGCCUGGGCCCAAUUUCCUGGAGCUGUUUAAGCAGACAAUAUUGCUUGACAAUUUUCUUCUAAGCAGAAACGAGCA